AUGAUGACGACCCUAGUAGUAGUCCUCAGCCUCAGCUUAACCAUCCUUUACUUCGGAGGUGCACAUGCAGCGACAAUGUCUUUCAAAAACAAUUGCCCCUACACGGUCUGGCCAGGAACCCUAACCUCCGAUCAAAAACCUCAAUUAUCAACCACAGGGUUCGAGUUAGCAUCCCAAGCUAGCUUCAGCCUAGACACUCCGGUGCCAUGGAACGGCCGCUUCUGGGCCCGAACUGGAUGCUCCACGGACGCCUCUGGAAAGUUCGUCUGUGCCACCGCAGACUGUGCCUCUGGUCAAGUCACGUGCAACGGUGCCGGUGCCAUUCCGCCGGCAACUUUAGCAGAAUUCAAUAUUCCAGCAGGCGGAGGACAAGAUUUCUACGACGUUAGUCUUGUUGAUGGCUUCAACUUGCCCAUGUCUGUGACUCCACAAGGCGGUACCGGCGACUGCAAGAUGGCUACUUGCCCGGCAAACGUGAACGCAGUUUGUCCGAGUGAGCUGCAAAAGAUAGGGUCCGAUGGGAGCGUGGUUGCCUGCUUGAGCGCAUGUGUUAAAUUCAAUCAGCCACAGUACUGUUGCACUCCGCCUCAAAACACUCCAGAGACAUGCCCACCGACAAAUUACUCUCAGAUAUUCAGUCAAGCAUGCCCCAACGCUUACAGCUAUGCUUAUGAUGACAAAAAGGGUACAUUUACAUGCAAUGGUGGACCUAACUACGCCAUUACUUUCUGCCCAUGA